ACACACGAAGAGGAAUAUUAAGUGAGGUGACCGUCUCGUGUUCUUGGCCACUUACACGAUGUAUCCGUGGUGUUCGUUCGUUUUUGUGAUUCUUCUACACACAGCAGUAGAGAAUAAAGGCUCACCGCCCACGUGGCCUUAUGGUACAUAUACCCUUCUCAAGCCCAGGACAGGAUGUCCUGCAGGAUGGGAUAACAAGGGAUAUAUUUACCAAGACACAAUAGAUAAAAACCCAAGUAAUAACAGAUCACAAACUUUACACAUUGAUGGAAAAGUUGCUCGCAGUCAUGUGAAGAGACAUUUUUGCAGCAAGACAAACAAAAAGGGUAAAGUUUGGCCAUCAGGACAAUAUUGUGUAUACAGGCACGAAAAUGAGAAGUUGCAUCGCAUGAGACCGGGAUCGAUUCUUAUGUAUGACAAGAAAAAUAACAACAAAGAUGAAUAUAAAUUAACUAAAUUUCGAGUGUAUAUCAAGAAGACUAGGAGAUCAUUUAUAUACAUGAAGUUGUACUUUGCCUGUCAAACAAGUGGUGACAAAAAGAUUCCAAUCUCGUUACCGAUAACCAAACCCUUUUAUCUGCUGCCUUAUGGGUCACGUGACUGUCAACAAUGCAGGUAUGCUGGCUGGGUACGUUGUGAUGGAGGAGAUACAGAAGGAGUCGUCGAUCGCUCAGUAAUGAAUCCAACAUAUGAAAGAGGAGCCGUCUUACUAAAUGCACCUAAUGAAACUGCCGCAACACUAUACAUAGGUGACGACUCUAGUAUGCACCAGGCCUUGUCACAUAAUGCUGAAUGCACGAAAAUAAACGAUGCGACUGCAAGUCUAAAUCUGAAAAAAAUAGAAAGCAAGAAAUCAGGGUCUGUUGAGGGUAGUGACCACAAUCCUUUGUACCUUGUGUCUGAGGUAUGUGAAACUAAAAAGAUAUCAUGUCCAAGCCAAUCAGAACCGAGGGAAUCGGAGGCUGUUAAUGAUAGUGGCCCUAAUCCUUUGUACCAUGUCUUAGAAAGACCUGAUACUAAUAGUGGAAUGCCUGAAGACCAACCAACUUCAGAAUCGAGGGAAUCAGAGUCUGAUAAAGAUAGUGGCCCUAAUCCUCUGUACCAUUUGUUAGAAGGACCUGACCCUAAUAAUUAUCAACAAUGUUUAAUUUCAGGUUGUAACUACACUCUGACAGACAAGAAAGGUGUUUUCCAGUCCCCUGGUUUCCCUGGUGAAUACCCGGAUGGACAGCUGUGCUCGUGGAGGAUCAUAGUCCCUGUUGAUCACACUGUGCAGGUUCGCUUCGCUCACUUAUCUUUGAAUGAAAACGACACUUUGACAUAUUCCAAAACCGUCAAUGGCAGUUUUAGAUCGUGGUAUACGAUUCCCCUUUCUUCAACGGUACCGUUUACUUUGUCAGGCGAGCGUGAUGUACUGUUUGUCUUUCGUUCGGAUGAAUCAAAGACCAGCUCUGGAUUCAGAGCAGAAUAYCGUGUGUCCAUACCACAAGCUUUAACUACGCCUACAGAAAUACCUACAAUGUCUACCGAUACAACAACAAUAGUGUCUACAACAUCUUGGUCUGCACCGGGCGAUUCGACCCAAUGGCCAGGUGGUGAGUACGUUCUAAUCAAGCCUAAAAAUGGUUGUCCAACUAAGUGGAAAGACAAAGCCUGGAUUUUACAAGAUACCAAAAGUAAGGGGAGUAAUUACAGAUCAAGGAUUCUUCAUAUUGAUGGUUACGUUGCUUCUUAUUAUGUAGUUAGAUCUUUCUGUAUCAGAACAGGAACGGAAGUCUCAUCAGUUUGGCCACAAGGUCAAUACUGCAUAUACGGGAAUAAAACCUUUUCAUCUGGGUCAAUCAAAAUGACUGGUGAACACACUGACAACAAAGACGCAGUAAAAUACACUAGUUCCUUCGUUGAUUAUUAUAAUGAAAACUCCAAUAGACAAAAAAAACACAUCGAAUUUUACUUUCAAUGCUACACAAGUGGGAACAAAAAGAUUCCUAUCUCGUUACCGAUAACCAAACCAUUUUAUCUGCUGCCUUAUGGGUCACGUGACUGUCAACAAGUCAAAUGGAUGGUAGCAACAA